AUGUACCACCAGCCAGCUCAAACAGGCCAAAUGCCGAUCCAAGGCCCGCCUCAAAAUGGGCUUUAUUAUUACCCUCCAGCAGUGCCCCAGCCUCCAUCUAUGCCCUUGCAUCUUAAUCCUCAUGCCCCGGAGCUCCUCUACGCACAUUUAUAUCAACAACAUCUACAAGCCAUCCACCAAGCCCCAGCAGCGCCAUACCCGGUCCCUCCUCCCCAAAACUGGGGUGGCUAUUACCCUGCUUUCCAGGGUAUGGGUGCACCUCCAGCGGCUGCGCCGCCUUACUAUCCUGUCGCACCCCCCUUGGUACAGCCCCCCUACAACCAACCAUUGGAGCAACCGCAACAACAAAUACCAGUAGCUGUCCCCGAGGAAAGCCCUGUCAUGCGCGGCAAGCGCAAGGCGGUGGACUUGGACGAUUCUGAUUCUGAUGCUCCUCCACGAAAGAAGCAAAUCAUAACUUUUGAUAACUACCAUUUCGACCUGAUCCAAUUCAAUGGCAACAUCUGUUACAGAUGCCGCCUGCCGCAGUGCAAAGACGCACCUCUAGUACCACACGAUGGCAGACAAGAUCAUAUUAAUUCGAGGAAGCACCAGAAUGCCCCCGAAUAUGAAGCUAAUCGGCAAUUUUCCAAUAUUAAGGCCUUUUGCUCCUUGAACCAGGAAGAGACCGACGAGAGUUCUCAAGGGCCUUGCGAAGGCUCAACUGCAAACGGUCCUGAAGAACAUGGCACUUUGACUGAGAGCGAGCUGUUGGAGCUGUUGAAGCUGUGGGGGCUGUUGGAAGAGUCCGAUGACGGGAUCACGGAUUCGACUUGGGACGAGCAGUUCAAUGAGUUCUUCAACCUUGAAGAAGCCGCUGAACCGGAACCAUCUUUGGGUGAAGAGCCUUGAAGAAACUGUCUGUUAAGCUUCGGAAGAGCGACGCUGGACGAUUCUGUAUAUGCCACUUACAAUUCGUCGAGUUCGGGCCAGUCACUGCAUGAUAUGUUAGAUUGUUUGUUUCCUUUGUAGAUAUCGCUGCUUCAUCCUUACGUCUAUAUUGUGCUAUGAUGGAUACUAUGUACAUACAUGCUAUGAUGCUAUGAUCG